AUGUCCAAAACUCAAGACCUCGCUGCUUUACUGUCUGACUCAGACUUGUUCCGUUCGCAAGGGUACAUCAACGGACAAUGGGUAUCGGCAUCAGACGGGGCUACCUUCCCUUUGACCAACCCAGCUACAGGAGCUAAACUCGCUGACAUGCCGCAUAUGCCUAGAACACAAGUUGCAGAAGCCAUUGAUGCCGCCAAAGCUGCUUUGCCUGCAUGGGCAGCUUUGACAGCUUACCAGCGAUCUGCCUACUUGCUCAAACUACAUGCGUUGAUGGAAGAGCAUGUCCAAGAUCUCGGUACGAUCCUUUGCGUGGAAAAUGGUAAACCACUGGCGGAAGCUAAAGGAGAAAUCGCAUAUGGUGCUUCAUUCAUGCAAUGGAAUGCUGCUGAGGGGCUGAGGACAUAUGGUCAAACUAUCCCUAGUCCAUACCCUGGUACGAGAAAUAUUGUCAUCAAGCAACCCAUAGGAGUGUGUGGUCUGAUCACUCCUUGGAAUUUCCCCAACGCCAUGAUAACUCGAAAGAUGGCUCCUGCCCUCGCAGCAGGAUGUACGGUAGUGAUUAAAGCACCUGCCGAGACUCCCCUUUCAGCUUUGGCUAUGGCCGUCUUGUGUGAGAGGAUCGGUAUACCCGCUGGAGUGGUCAAUGUGGUAGUCAUGGACAAAGGUGAUAGGGAAGCUGCAGCGGGUUUGGAAUUAUGUGAAAACCCCAAAGUAUCGAAGAUCUCGUUCACGGGUUCAACCCCAGUGGGUAGAUUACUCAUGAAGCAGAGUAGCUCAACUUUGAAGAAACUAUCCUUUGAAUUAGGUGGUAAUGCAGCCUUUAUCAUCUUUGAUGAUGCGGAUCUCGAAACUGCCGUUAAAGGUGUGAUCGCCUCCAAGUUCCGAGCUGCGGGUCAGACAUGUGUUUGUGCCAACCGAAUCUUCGUCCACUCCAAGAUAUACAAUGAAUUCGCUUCUUUGCUCGCUGAGAAGGUCGAAGCGCUAAAGGUAGGAAACGGUAUGGAUGAAGGGGUUCUCAUCGGUCCAUUGGUGAAUGUCAGAGGAGUAGAGAAAGUCGAAAGACACGUUCAAGAUGCCGUCUCAAAAGGAGCUAAAGUAUUAGUCGGUGGAUCAAGAAUCAAGAGUGAAAAUGCAGAAGGAGAAUCAUGUUUCUUCCAACCUACCGUCUUAGUGGAUGUACCGAAAGAAUGUUACGUAGCUUCAGAAGAGACUUUCGGACCUUUGGCACCACUUUUCAAAUUCGAUGAUGAAGAUGAUGUGGUCAACCGAGCGAAUUCCUCGGAAGUUGGUCUAGCAGGAUACUUCUUCACGAAGGAUCUGGCGAGAUCUAAUAGGGUAGCGGAGAGGUUGGAGGUCGGUAUGGUAGGGGUCAAUACCGGUGUGAUUGCCCAGGCAUGUAUUCCCUUUGGAGGUGUCAAGCAAUCUGGGUUUGGAAGAGAAGGAGGACCAGGUGGUAUUAAUGAGUUCCAAAUUGAAAAGCUCAUCACAAUCGGUGGUAUAUAG